UGGAUCAUGUGAUCGUGACGUAGACUGUGUAUGCUAGCAGGCUAACGCUAGCGGUGGCUAACCGUCUCUCCGGAAGAGGACAGAUUUAUUAUAUUUCAUCAUCAAACGUGAUAUUAUUAUAAUAUUUGUAAACGUUAUAAUUAGCGUUAUUGAACCGCGGCAUUUGACUGGUUGGGGAUCGGUCGGCUUCACCUGUUGACUCGUUUAAUGGCAACCUUGCUCAGUACUGGUUAGCUGAACUAUUACUAGUACUAGUACUUUAGUGGUACUAGUACGAUAGUGGUGCUAGUACUAGUUGGGGUUAGGAGAGCCACGACUGUUUAAGGUUAGUGGAGCCACUACAAGUUAGGGUUAGGAGAUUCACUACUUGUUAGGGUUCGGGGAGCCACUACUAGUUAGGGUUAGGGGAGACACUACUAGUUAGGGUUAGGAUGGCGUCCGGCGGCGGCAGGUCGUCCUCCUUCAAGGUGGUCCUGCUGGGGGAAGGAUGCGUCGGCAAGACGUCGGUGGUCCUGAGAUACUGCGAGAACAAGUUCAACGACAAACACAUCACCACCCUACAGGCAUCGUUCCUCACCAAGAAGCUCAACAUCACCGGGAAGAGAGUCAACCUGGCCAUCUGGGACACCGCUGGCCAGGAGAGGUUUCAUGCCUUGGGGCCAAUUUACUACAGAGACUCUAACGGCGCCAUCUUGGUUUAUGAUGUCACCGAUGAAGACUCCUUUCUGAAGGUGAAGAACUGGGUGAAAGAGUUGAGGAAAAUGCUUGGCAACGACAUUUGUUUGUGUAUAGUAGGGAAUAAGAUCGACCUGGACAAAGAACGGCAUGUGGCUGAGGAGGAGGCAGAGAGCUAUGCAGAGUCGGUGGGAGCCAGGCAUUACCACACAUCAGCCAAGUUGAAUAAAGGCAUUGAAGAGCUCUUCCUGGAUCUCUGUAAAAGAAUGAUGGAAACGGCUCAGGCAGACGAGCGGUUGUUGAAGGGCAGUGGAGCCGGCCAAUCAGUGCCCAGUAGGCGGGGCGUACAGAUAGUGGAUGACGAACCACAAGCUGCCGCUGCGGGGGGUUGCUGUUCAUCUGGCUAACGCACACGCGUACACGCACACACACACGCAUACACACCAUCAUCAUGCCUUUUCCUCUAAACUGAACCUUUAACCUUUAGAAAUCAACCCUUGUCUCAUCUUGUCUCUGCUCCCUCCUCUCUCAUCCUGUCUCUCCUCCCUCCUCUCUCAUCUUGUCUCUCCUCUCUCCUCCCUCGUCUCUCAUCUUGUCUCUCCUCCUCUCUCCUCUCCCCUCUCACUCCUCUCUUUUUAAACCGAUCUAAAGUUUUAAAUCUUGGAUAUGUCGGAUCUGGCUCGCACUUUCUUUUCAAAUGAGUCGUUUUCUGUAAUGGUUUCAUUUAUGUUUAAAUACAAUAGAAAAACAGAA